AUGUCUAAGGAAGUCGCUUUGAUAUUCAUUGCUAUCUACGUAGUUGAAGCGGCAAUCAUCGUCAUUGGAAACACUUUUACUAUUUUUGUCUUUUGGACUCAACGAUUCCGUCUUAAACGAACUUGUUACCUUUUGAUUAACCUUGCAGUUUGUGACUUACUCGUGGGAAUAACAGAGCCGAUCAUUCUCGGUGUCUCAAAGUUCCAAGGAAUGACUGCAGCUGGACGAAGAAAAAAAGGGAAUAUGAAGAAUUUGUUAAGCCUUUUGUUUACGUCUACCCAAGUCCUCGCCUUUGCCACGUCGGUGUUUUUCCUAGCCCUUAUCUCGCUUGAACGUGUUUAUGCAGUCUUGUGGCCUCUUCGUCAUCGCGUAGCAAAGACAUCUCUUUACAUCUCCAGCAUUAUUUUAGUUUGGGCUGGUGGACUUUGUUUGGGUGGAAUGUCUUUGAUGGAGUUGUACUACCCAGCUGUAAAGAGAAGAAAUGUCGUUGUCGCCACUAGCAUAUCUCUUUUCAUUUCUCUGGUGAUUAUUUGUGCCAGCUACUUCACUAUCCGAACUCGAUUGCGAAGUAGGAAACCAGCAUCUGGAUUAAUGGUCCAUCGCAACCAACAGUUCGUAGAAAAGAGCUUGCGACACUCAAGGACAUUUUUUGUAGUAGCUACUGUGUCGCUGGUUUUUUGGCUACCAGCAUUUGCUGUGAACAUUACAAAAGAGUUCUGCUUAUGCUUUCCUGCACCAGUGAUUUGGUUUGCAAGCGCUCUGCGUUUGGCAAACUCUAUGGCAAAUCCGUUUGUGUACAGCCUUAGGAUGCCUCUUUUUAAGGAUGCAUUAACAAAGCUCUCGAGAAGGCGUGAAAGAAACUUUGAACUAAGAUCUGUCCGCAAAAGUAUCGCUGCAAACGUGAAUCAAGGGCCAUCUGAAAUGUUGUAGUAUAAUAAGGGUGUAGGAAAUUUUUUUGGAAACUUUUUUUGAAGCCCGUAAUUUUAUUUCGUGUCAGAGGCCCGUUUCUCGAAG